AGUAGUACCAGGCCAGCAGUAAAAACCAAAGUUUUUGUCUGGGGUUCCACGCGGUUCUUGUGACGGUCGCCGUCCCCCCCGCAUUGGUUGUGUGGUCGCAGGAAUUAAUGCGCCCCGUUUCGGUUUUCUUUGCCAUCGUUCUCUUGAAUCUUGAGUGGAUUUUCCUUUUUUACUUCUGAUUUUUGGUAGUGGGUGGAAGAGAUGUUCUCGUGUUCCUUCCUCUUGGGGAUUUUUGUUGGGGUUCUGGUCUGCAUUCUGUCUCCGAUAUGGGAUAUCGAGUGGAUUUGGUGAUGGAUGGAUGGAUGAGAGUGGGUUCCCGUCGUCUUGAAAUCCGGUUCUUUCCUCUGGAUUCUUGGGGAUUUCUUCCUUUCGCAUGCCGAGUGGUCUCGAUUUGAUUUCUUCGGCAGGUGUUGGGGCCUGACUGCCUCAUCCCUCCGCUGCAUUGUGCAGGUUGGUUCUUGCAGUUACCGUGCUACAGGAUUUAGGGGUUUAGUUGGAAUUAGUACCUAGUUUCGAUCUGUGAGGUGUUCUUCUACAAAAGCAUUUUCUUCUCUCUUUUCUGGAGCAGAGUUUUCCCAAAGGCAGAAUGGAUUUCUGUGUCUGAUUAGUUUCAACAUUAUUUUGCGGCAAGAUUAAUUUCAACAUAGCAGGUGUUUGCGGAAAGAAUGUUUGCUUGUACUUUCUCUCGGUUUCUGAAGCGCUAAUUGAUGGCUGAAUGUCCUUCUGUGUCGACCUGUAUCUCUAUUGUAAUCCAGUAGAAAGUAAUCUUGUGUUGGUGCGGACUUGCAUUGUAAAGAAUUGGUGUGGAUAUCUGGACCCUGCUUUUGGACAUUGUGGUGGUGGAGGAUCCAAUAGAAUCCCAGUUGCUGCUUUGAAUGGUCUGGUGGCUGGGAGAUGGAUCGCCGGAGUUGGCUGUGGAAGUGCAAGUUGUCAGAUAAGAGCUCUGGGGAGAGUGAUAGCUCUGGUUCUGCGUCAUCACACUCUGAGCCUUACUUGGAUGAUCAGGAAGUCAAACCUGUUUCCAGUGUUUCUUCCCCAAAUCAUAGUCAUUCACCUGAAGUUUCUUCAAGGAUUAUGACUGAUGAUGAGACUCAAGAAGCUGAAACAGCAAAAUCAUUGAAUGAGAAGCUAUUGUUGGCAACUAUCUUAAAUGAUUCUUCUCCACAGCAUGGCCAGUCACCACAGCCAGAGGUGUGCCAAUCUCCACAGCCAGAGGUAUCCCCAAAUGUUCGGGAUGGUGAUGUCCAGGAUUCUGUAAAGAGUUUGAAUGAGAAAGUGUCCCCAAAGAUUAGGGAUGAUGAUGUCCAGGAUUCUAUAAAGAGUCUGAAUGAGAAACUUUCUGCUGCUCUUUUGACUAUCAGUGCGAAAGAGGACUUGGUAAAGCAGCACACAAGAGUUGCAGAAGAGGCUGUUGCAGGUUGGGAACAAGCUGAAGCUGAAGUUGCUUCCCUGAAGCAAUUACUUCAAACUGCAUCUCAGAAGAACACCUCUCUGGAGGAUCAGGUCAGCCACCUAGAUGAUGCCCUUAAAGAAUGUGUAAGGCAGCUUCGCCAGGCACGAGAAGAACAAGACAAGAAGAUCCGUGAUGCAGUUACCAAGAAGUCUAAAGAAUUGGAGUCUGAGAAGUCUGAGCUCCAGAACCAUAUUGCUGAACUGAGUAAGCAUCUGGAAGCCACCAAAGUAGAAACUACUACCGUGCAUGCCCAGCGUGAUCUGCAGGAAAAGCUUCAAACAGUGGAGAAAGAGAACAAAGACCUCAAGGUCGAGCUACUCACACUGUCGAAGGAUCUGAAGAUACUUGCACGGGAAAGGGACCUGAGCAACCAAGCAGCAGAGACAGCAAGCAAACUUCACCUGGAAAGUGUGAAAAAGAUUACAAGAGCUGAGGCAGAAUGCCUUAAGUUGCGUCAUCUAACACGGAGAACGUCCUUGGCCAAUGAUUCUAGACCUAUAGCCAAUAGUGCUUGCUUGGAAUCUCAGACCGGCAGUCAGUCUGACAGUGGGGAGCGCAUGCUAGUUGUUGACGAUGAAAUGAAAAAUUGUGAUUCGUGGGCAUCAGCUCUGAUAGCUGAGCUUGAUCAAUUCAAGAGUGGAAGCUCGGGCACAAGAAAUCUUGUGAACAUUCCUGUUGAGAUUGACCUGAUGGAUGAUUUCCUUGAGAUGGAAAAGCUGGCUGCUUUGCCUGAAGUAGACAACGUAAGCUCCAGCUUCGGGGCUGAAACUGAUUCUGACCAGGUUCUAACUAGAGACCCAUCAUCAAAAGUUGAAACUGAGUUAUUGCUGGGUCAGGUGGCAGAUUUGCAUGAAAAAAUUGAGAAGAUUGAAGUUGAGAAAAGGGAGCUUGAAAUGGCCCUUGCAGAUGCCAGAGAUCAGCUUGGCACAUCAUGUGAUGCUCUAAUGGUGGCAAACAACAAGUUGAGUGAUCUGCAGAUGCAGUUGGACUUGGCAAACGAGUCCAAACAUGCUGCUUUGGGACAAGCAGAACAACUGGAUGGUGAGAGGAAAGAUUUGGCAUUGCAAUUGGAGUCUAAGUCUGCACAAGUUGCGGAGCUCCAGCUGAUGGUGGCGUCACUGGAAGAAAAGGUAGACAGGAAGGAGUUGGAACUGCAGUUGGAGGUAAUUUCUGCGGAGGCUGCAGAUCUUCGCAAGACAGUGGCUUUCUUGGAAGAGAAGAUUGAUGCAGAGAGAACUCUUUUGAUGAAGCACAAAGCAAAUGCAGACAUGGCAGAGGCAUGUAAAGAAUCAUUGGAGGCACAACUGCAGUCUGCAAACACAGAGAUUGGGAAAUUGAAAGGGAUUGUGCAAACUUUGGAGAGUGAGGUGCGGAAAGAGAAGGCGUCUCAUGAAGAGCUUGUGAAACAGGUAGACACCAUGAAGAUUGAGUCAGAGAGAUCACUUUCUUCAGUUUCUGCCAAAGAGUCAUUAGAAGUGCAAUUGCAGGUAGUGAACUCAGAAGUUACAAAACUGCACAGGACAGUGAAUGAGUUGGAGCGCGAUGCAACCAAAGAGAAGGCAUAUUCUUCAGACCUCCAGAUGCAACUAGAGGCAGUGGAAGGCAUAAGGAAGGUGUUGGAGUCUGAACUUGAGUCUUCACACCAGGAGACCAUGAAGCUCCAGGAGAAGGUUUCGUCGUUGGAAGUAAGGCUUAAGGACCAGACCUCAUUGCUUGUAGAAUUUACAGCUAAAUCAGAGGAUGCAGUGUCUCGGAGAAAGUCAAUGGAGGGUCAACUUGAAGCAGCAAAUCUGGAACUCACAAAACUGAGAAACAAGGUGAGCUUGCUACAAGGGAAGAUUGAGCAGGAGAAGCUUCUUUCAGAAGAGUACGAAGCAAAAUGCCGCAAGCUGGAGGCUCAGCUGUCCAGGGACAGCCGAGAGGCGAAGCUUUGGCGUCUUGCUAACUCAAACGGCGACCUGAAGGUCAAGCAGGAGAAAGAGCUAACUGGUGCUGCUGGGAAGCUUGCGGAGUGCCAGAAGACCAUUGCUAAUCUUGGUCGUCAGCUGAAAUCACUAACUGAACUCGAUGGUGUCGCGUCCGAUGCUGAAAAUCUGGAACCCAAGGACUCACACCUUGACUUCAGAGAUGGUGACGAUGACCUGCUCUCUGCAGACAUGGCUGAUGGAUUGUACGAACCGGGUCUUCCCAAGAGGAACGGGAGCUGCUUCUCACCGAUUCGGCAGAAUCCGUCCUCGUCCCCACCCUCGGGAUCCCCGGUGUUUUCGGGGAGUCUGGCGUCUCUUAGUAGCUACUUGAGCAAAACAAAAAAGUGAAGAAUCUGAUGAGGGGAUUGUGCAUAAAUUAUUUAACGGUCCGUUGAUGAUAUCAGUCGUUACCUGAUGGUAGUCGGUGUACAUUUACAGAACCUGAUGGUUGCUUACGCAUUGGUCAUCUAUUUCUCCUCGCUUGUGUUGCCA